GAAUUAUACUUUAACAUUCCUGAUUUCCCACGGGUGCUUCAUUUCCCCAUCCUGUCUAUAUAUACCUCACCUUCAUUCUCUGCCCAAAAACAAUUAAAAAAAAAGAAUUUUCUCCCUUCACCAAUCCUCCUAAUCUCCCAAUUAGCCUACCAAAUUCAUCUCAAUUGAAACCAAAUGGCGGAAUUUCCGUCAAGUUUCACCAGCCUCAUGCCCUGCUUAACGGACACAUGGGGCGAUUUGCCGUUAAAAACGGACGACUCCGAAGACAUGGUCAUAUACGGCCUUUUGCACGACGCCGUUAGUAACGGCUGGACGCCGUUCAGCUUGGUCAAAGCCGAGCCGAUGGUCAUCGCCCCUCCGGCCGCGGCCAGGCCUAAUAAAGGGAGGCACUAUAGGGGAGUGCGGCAGCGGCUGUGGGGGAAGUUCGCGGCCGAGAUACGCGACCCGACGAAGAACGGCGCGCGGGUGUGGCUCGGGACGUACGAGACGGCUGAGGAAGCCGCCGUGGCUUACGACAGGGCGGCUUACAGGAUGCGCGGCUCCAAGGCGCUGCUCAACUUCCCGCACCGGAUCGGGCUGGAUGAGCCCGAGCCGAUGCGGGUCACGGCGAAGAGGAGGUCGCCCGAGCCGGAGCUGAGCCACGGCUCGGCUAAGCGGGCGAAGAAAGAGGAGGGAGCCGCCGAGGUGGAAAUGGAGAGCCAAUCAAAAUUGUAUCAAAUUGAGUGCAAGUUGACGCCAUUGAUAGAUGGCGGACAAUUAGUGGUGGCCUGAUUAUAGGCUGUGCAUUUGUUUGGUUGUGUAAAUUAUACCAAUUUUUUUGGCCCCAUUUUUCCACUUGCCUAGUUGAAAAUUCGAACAAAUCAGGAUGAAAUAUCUCAAUUCUCAA